AUACUUUUUGCAAUGUCGUCGUAAAAAAGUGAUGGCAAGUUUUGCCGGCGAAGGAGAUUCAAAUUCAGACGAAAACGACUCAAAUACAAGCUUAUCGGACUGUGAUACGGACGCAAUGUUAAAGACUGAAACAGCCAGCAUUGUUAGGCAGUUUGUUUACGACAGAUUCGAAGAGGAAAACGAGGGUUUAGACUCUACAGGUCAAGAUGAAAUCCCUGUGCUCGAAACGGCAAGGCCAGAUGCUUUAGAAGAAUUGCGAAGCGUUCGUGAAGAAAACGACCCUGAUUCAACUGCCGUAAGAGUUAGCAGACGUCUACGCGAGAUUGGAGAUGAUAUACAGCAUAAAUAUCAAGACGAAUUUCAAGAUAUGAUUAAUCAACUAAAUCUGAAUUCGGCAAACGCUUACAAAUCUUUUGCCGAAGUUGCGCGAAGAUUGUUUAGGAAUGGUAUUACUUGGCAUCGUAUCGUCGCUCUUCUGUGUUUUGGAUACGAAAUCGCUAAACAUGUUUUGAUAAAUGGACUAGCUGGAACGUACAUGAGAAAAAUAUACCAGAUGAUAGUUGAUUUCAUCGUGAACGAAAGGAUUGCAGCUUGGAUAACACAGAAUGGGGGCUGGCUUGGCUUUUUGGCAGAUUUUCGACUCAGUGAACCCAGUUGGUCAACAGUGGCAGCAGUCUUAGGUGUUGGUAUACUCUUUGUAAUGUGGUCUAUGAGAACAGGAAACAAAUAAACAAAUCUGUAUAGUACAUUAUUUUGUAAAUUCAAACAUGGGAAUGUAGUAUAUUACCAUGACAUUGAUUUUAGAUAGGGAAUUUUAUGUAUUUGGCAAAACUCUUCAUUCCUUUGCAUAUACCUUUUUUGGGAAAUAGGAUCAUUCAAAUACCUUUACCAUGUAACUAGUAUUGCUAAACAUAAUUGUCAACAAUUUUGCUACAUCACAAGAAAUUACAUCAAGGCUUUUAUAAUUGUGGUUGAUCUUCAGCUAGUGAUAAAUCACUUAUGCUUUAUUGCCAUAUUACCAUUAAAACUGUUUCAUCAAAUGGAACAUUUGGAGCAUUUUAUCUUUGCGUGUAACAGUGGAUUACUUGAUAGAUCAACAAUAUUUAUGUGUUAUUAGUAAUUAGUUGUAAGAUUUGAGCAUGAACUUUAAAAUAAUAUGGUUGACUCAUUUUACUUCCUGAUUUUC